AUGUGUGGUGGAGAUCUUUAUUUCUGGAGACAGGCUUUCAUCCUGACCACCGGUUUGUUCUACUCUGCCAGCGUGGGCAUCAUGCUGGCCUACCCUUCAGUUUUAUCUCCUGCCCUGGUCUCAUCUAAUGGCACUGAUAUAAAGGCAUCUUCUGAACAAGCUUCCUGGAUUGCUGCAAGUAAUGGGUUUGCAGGCUUGUUCGGAUUCUUCAUAUUGUCACCAAUCCUACAAACAUUCGGCAGAAAGAUCGUGCAUAUCAGCUGUAAUCUCUUACUCCUCAUUGGCUGGAUGAUCUUCCCGCUAGCCAAUAGCAUUCCACUCCUCUAUGCUGCGAGAAUCGUCCAAGGCCUCGCUAUUGGCGGAAUUUACAUCAACAGCAUGAUCAUCUGUGAAUACGUUGACUCCAAGAGGAGGGGUUACUUCCUGACUUUAAAAAAGGUUUCUAUAGCAGUAGGUACACUGAUCUGCCAUUCCAUGUCCUUGUAUUGGGAUUGGCGCCAAAUAGCAACUUUUGCCAUAAUACCACCUACUGUUGCUGUCAUCUUGACAUUUUUUUGGCCAGAAAGCCCAUCGUUCCUGGCAAUGAAAGGCCGUUUCGAGGAAUGUGAAGAAUCAUUCAUAUGGCUGAAUGGCCCAACGAACUUAAGAGAACUUCAUCAUUUACAGUUAUCGCAAAUGGAAACGGUCAAACCCGGGCACUCGGAGAAACAUUACAAAUUCUUAUUCAGAAAGGAGUUUAUAAAACCUUUGGUUAUUGUCUCUCUUCUAACAUUACUUUUAGAUUUAUGCGGGAGAUAUUAUUUUGUAGUUUACGUUAUUCAAAUUAUGGUAGAAUUGAUUGGCGACAAAACUUUAGCAGUUUAUUGUACUUUAGGAGCUGAUUGUUUGACAAUAGUUGCUCUCGCUUCUUCUUGUUUUAUAAUUAGCUGUUUUAAAAGACGCGCCAUUUUAUUUACUUUUGGUUCGUUCACUGUUUCUUUAAUGUUAUUAAUUUGCUUGUUAAUGAUAUUGAAAUCAUUUGGUAUUGGCACGAAUUUAUUUUGGUUGACUCCUUCAUUGAUAAUUUUACAAAAUUUUGUAGUAAAUGUUAGUCUUAUACCUGUAUCCUUUGCUUUGAUUGGGGAAGUCUUUCCUUUGGAAUACAAAGGUACUGGUUCGUGCAUAUCUGGAGUUGUUUUUACACUUUUAUAUACUCUGACUUUAAAGUUAACUCCUCUUUUGAUUGAUUCUAUUGGUGUUGGGGGUACUUAUGGUGUUUAUGGGUUCAGUGUCUGUGGUUGUCUGGUUUUAUUAUACUUUGUUGUACCAGAAACCAAAGAUAAAACUUUACAACAGAUUGAAGAUGGUAUCAAAGGUGUUAAACGAGCUAAGUGCGAGUUCGAAACAGACACUUUAUUGUAG